AUGGAAUCUCAAAAUGAUGGGGAAGCAAUUCCCUUCAUCCAAAUAGAUGUUGAUGGCCUUUUCGAAGUCAAUAGCAAUGCAAUGAAUCUGAUACAAGAAUGGGAUAACUCCAAGAAAAUAGCUAUACUCUGCAUUGCAGGCCCUUAUAGAUCAGGAAAAUCAUACCUUGCCAAUAGGAUUCUCAAGCAAAACUCAGGCUUCAAUAUCGGAAGUACAACAAUGGCUUGCACCAAAGGUAUCUGGAUGUGGAAUAAACCAAUAAGAAUCAACGAUAAAGUAGACGCAGUCUUACUCGAUACCGAGGGGUUGGGAUCUACCGAAAGAACAACAAACACAGAUAUUAAAAUAUUUUCUCUAUCCAUUCUCCUCUCUUCUCUCUUCAUUUAUAAUUGUAUUGGGACAAUCUCUGAGUAUACCCUUGAAGACCUGGAUUUGGUAUGCAAUCUUACUGAAAACAUUCAUGUAUCAAAGUCACAAAUCGAAAGUGGAGUGGAAUUCAGAAGAUUCUUUCCCUCCUUCAUGUGGGUGCUAAGGGAUUUCUAUCAUGAAUUAGACCCUGGAAAUACUCCAAGAGACUACAUGGAGAAAUGCCUCGAACAAGUGCCUGGUGCUACAGAAGAUAUCCUCAGGAAAAACAAGAUUCGCGAAGGGAUAACUAAAUACUUCAAAGAUAGAGAUUGCUACACCCUUAUCAGACCUCUCAAUGAUGAGGACGAGCUAGCUCAUAUUGAAGAGCAAGAUUUCACCUCUCUCAAACCAGAAUUUCAGGACCAAAUGAAUCGAGUGAUUAAGAAAAUCUACUCAAAAGCAAAACCUAAGAUUAUUGAUGGAAAAUCUUUGAAUAUCUCAAUGUUCUUGGCUCUCACCCUUGAAUAUGUUGAUUCGAUAAAUCACGAAUCUACUCCUACAAUCUCGACAGCACUCGACAGAGUUAUUUAUGCUGAGAGCCACAAAAUCAUGGAUAAGAUAGACGAAGAUGUAAGAGCAGAAGUUGAUGAAAGAGCCAAAAGAAAUAGGUUCCCAAUGGAGAAAGAUGAUCUUGACGAAAUCAUGAGUCGAGUUAGAGCUAAAUAUAUUGAACGAAUUCACCAAGAACUCUCGCCCAUCCUCGAGGUUGAUGAGAUCCUUAAAUACCAAGGAAAUUUCCUUGAUACCUUUCAAAGGAUAAGCAAUGAAAAAUCAGAUGAGAAUUAUACAGAAUCCUUCAUUCUGAACAGUAGUAUUCUUUCACAAUUAAUGAGAAGCGUUCCCUUCAUGAGCACUUCAGGAGAAGAAAGCAAAAGUGGGACUACAUCUGUAGAAGAAGGCGAGCAUUAUUCCUUUUGCAAGACUCUCUUCAGCGUCCUUGAAGAGUACCAAAAGAACUUUAAAGGUCCAGCAAAAUUUGACACUCUCGCAGAAUUCAUCAUUGAGAGUAAUUUUGUCGAUGAGAAAAGGCUCAUCAACGAUGAUGAAAAACUAGAUUUCAAAAAAGAGAAGAAAUACUUCAGCUAUAUCCUCGCCUUUACAGAAAACCUCAUUACCACUGUUUACAAGUCCAAGCAAGAUGAAAUCCGAGAGCUUCUGAUCGAAGCCGAAGCCAAAGAUAGAGACCUGAUUAAUAAGAAAAAGAAGCAGGAAGACAAACUGGAUACUGUCCAAAAGGAAAUCGAAGGAAUCCGAGCUGAAAAAUUCCAACUCGAGCUAAGAAUCGACCAAUAUGAAAGACAAAAGCAUUCAAUGGAUGCUGAAUUUGACAACGAGUUCAAGAUGAAAGAGAUGGAUUUUGAGUACAAGAUCAAAAUCCUUAAGGCUGAGCAGACUGAAACUGAGAAUCAUCUCAAAAGUCUUAAGGAAGAAAGAAUCAAGCUAAAGACUUCUAAUGAAGAACUCCAGAAACAAAUUAAUCAAAUCGAAAAGGAGACUCUCAUGGAGGUAUCUGAAUUAGAUAAUCAGAUCGGUUUGAUAGAAAAUGAUCUAGAAGAUGUCCGUCAAAAAGUAAUAGACAAGCAAAACAACCCCAAAGUCGAGCAAAUGACUGGAUUCUUCAAUGAUGCUAAGGAAUAUAUCGAGAAAUACCAAAACGCUUUGGACAGGAAGGAUGGACUUAAAAACCUCAAAGUAGGCUUCCUGAGCGCCCAGAAGAAGCUUAACGACAAAGAAUUUGAAAACUCCCAAAAUGAACUUAAACAUAAGAAACAAUACAAUGAAGAACUGAAGAAGUUCAAGAUCUCCAAAGAAGACGAGCUCAGAGAAAUUGAAGAGGAGCUUGAUAAGAUACCUUCCUCCGAGACUCUCAUAAUCCUAAGAAAUAAAGUCAGAGAAAUGGAAGCGGAUGUUGAAGAGCUCGAGUACAACAAUGAAAAGCUUCGUAAAUAAAAAGGCCGAAAGAGCAAGAGAAGUAGAAGACAAAUAGCGAAACUCUUGGCCAGAUCAACCAGAAUAUUGAGACUACUCAAAUAGCUCAAAGAGAUCUAGAAACAAAAAUUUAUAGGAUGAGUGGAGAUAAUAUGAUGAAAAUGAUUGAGAAAGACGACUUAACUAUGCUCCUCCCUGAGAUAGUAAAAGCAUUAAGAAGGCAGCCGAACGAAUUGAAAGAUAAAGUACAAGCUUUACCAGAUCAGGACCUAAAGCAAGCAAUCAGAAGCAUUCUGAUUAGUGUCUUUGGCCCGAAAUUACAAAAAUUGCCAGGAAGUGAUAAGCUUGGGUUCUUUGGAAAUUAA